AUGCCUGCGAGUGCUCGAGUGAGCGGCCUGCGAGAUCUCAUCACGGUCACCGUCAGAGCCUCAACGCAGAAGCGGACAGCGGAAACACGAAGAAUAUUCAAAGCGAACACUAAUUCCAACCUCGGGGGUAGGAAGCUCAAAGUUGAUAGUGCUGCUGGAUCAAGGCGCCCGGAGACUUCCAAGCCAAAUCAACAAAAGUGGCCAGUUGUCUUCAAACAACUACAGUCGACCAUGAGCGUCCCAAACGCGACUCUCGGCGUAGACAAGAUAGUCAGAUUCUAUGGCGAGGGAGCGAAGGACAUAGAGGGCCGCACUCUCAAUGAGAUCCUCAACUACGAAAACGACACACUUGAGAUCAAGCACGACUACAUUCAAUUCCUCUUUCCCUUGCCGGAGGGCUCCUCAUAUAACGUAAAGGCGCCCAUUAUCACGAGAAGCACUCGAGACGCCUUCGUGGAAAGACCCGAUCUCCGCGACCAACUCUUCAGAUCUUGCGAGCGGAUGGCCGGUUUUUACGGCUUUAACAUUGUCGUAGACGAUACGGACUACAAGUUCAUUCCCAAACCAGAGUUUUUGUCGCUUGCGACUGAUACGUGGAUGACGAGGAUUGACCACAACCAUCUCAGGAUCAGUCGUAUUAUCAGAUGUCUCCGGAUUCUGGGCCACAAAUCCCUCGCGCUCGCAUUCUAUGACGCGCUCCUUGAGUGCGAUGAGGAGCAGGUAGUCGGCAGGAAAAGUUUGAUGUACUGGGAGAGAGCUGCAAAGAGACCACUUCACUUGCCGCCAGAGGAGGACGACGAGGAUGCUGAGGGGGUCACGUGGUUAAGAUAUGUGGUGCCUGUCCCUCACGCGGGAUGA